AAAAGUCUUCCUACAUCACGUGACAGACACGUUUCGCGCUCUUCUUGGGUGGGUGGGGCUAUUUUGGUGCGAAACCGGUAGCUAAAAUAAAUGGCGUCUCCGCCAGAGUUCAAUGCCACUUUAAGUCAAAGUACAGUGCAAAAUUUGCUUGUUUAAAACAUUACCAAGCAAUAUAACACCUCCAAAGUGAUUUUCACAAGUCUUGAAACAGCCGUAACGGAAAAUGUUGCAGGCCAGCAGUGUUCAUACAUCUAUCCAGUGGUCAACUUUCAUACAUCCUACUCGAGAGUCCCUGAAAACCUACAAAAGCCUGGAGGGGUUCAAAUUGACUAAAUCCAUGGGAGUCUACCAGCUGAAAUUGCUUGACGACGCUAAAAGGAACCAGGAGUCCCCCCACCUGCAUGCAGUGUUGAUCCUCUAAUCCCCUGGAUCUGAAGCAAUGGAGGUCUAUGACACAGAGGAACGAACUCGACCAGGAUUCGGAUACACAGACGAUACAUGUCAUCUCAUUGAUCUUUUCGUGGGCUUCGUGUAUGCGGAUUGUCCGAAAAGCUGGUGCAGCAACUUUUCCCUGCAUAUUUCCCCCCCACCAGAAUAUGUCGUUGACCAACACAAAGACGGGCUUUUCUGUAAAGGACAUUUUGGACCUUCCUGACACAAAUGACGAAGAAGGAUCUAUCACCGGAGCGGAGGAAGACACGGAGGGAUCGGAGACAACAUCCACGACAAAAACCACUGGAGUUUUGGUGCAAAGUCCUCUAGAAAACGUUCAAAAUCUGCCUUUAAAGAACCCCUUUUAUGACAGUAGUGACAAUCCUUACACACGAUGGCUUGCUACUACGGACAGUAUUCAAUAUUCAUUGCACGGUCUAUCCGCCAGCUCUCAGGACUCGGCCAAGUCCCCGGAGCCGUCCGCGGACGACGAAUCGCCGGACAACGACAAGGAAACUUCCAGCAGCGGCGGCAGCGACUCCGGCAAGAAGCGGAAAAGGAGGGUGUUGUUUUCCAAGGCGCAGACCUACGAGCUGGAGCGCCGCUUCAGGCAGCAGAGGUACCUGUCCGCCCCGGAGAGGGAGCACCUGGCCAGCCUGAUCCGCCUCACCCCGACCCAAGUGAAGAUCUGGUUCCAGAACCACCGGUAUAAGAUGAAGAGAGCCCGGGCCGAGAAAGGUAUGGAAGUGACCCAUCUCCCUUCUCCCAGGCGGGUGGCCGUGCCCGUCUUAGUCAGGGAUGGAAAGCCUUGUCACACUCUUAAAGCUCAGGACUUGGCGGCCACUUUUCAGGCCGGGAUCCCCUUCUCGGCUUAUAGUGCCCAGUCGCUCCAACACAUGCAGUAUAACGCGCAGUACAGCGCCGCGGCCACGCCACAGUUCCCAGCACAUCACUUGGUGCAAACGCAACAGUGGACUUGGUGAGAGAAAUUAUAGAGACUUGUCUUGGAGGCACGAUAGGGAGUUUCACCACAAAGCAAAGAAAAAAAUAAAACACAAAAAACAAAAGACUUUUCAUUUUUGCAGCUUGACUCAUAUAUAUACUACCAUUUUUAUUCGGGGCUCAUGUGUGCGCCGUGUUUACAUGUUUUCGUUAAGAGAACUGGGUCCGAACCUCUCCCUUAUAGAUUUUAUUAAGAAUGUCAAUGCUCUUCUUGUGAAAAUUUUUUGUAAAGUAUGUUGUGUGUUGGUUGUAGAGAUGUUUUCCUCUCUUUUAUUUUUUUUCUUUUGUCCCUUCGUGUUAUUAUCAGCACGUACGAACCACUUUAUAAUUAUAGAAAUUUUAAUUUCUUGCUUCUUUUAUGGACCGAAAAAAUAUUUAUGGCCAUGAAUAAACACUGGCAACUUUGCA